AAGGGUUAAGAUAAACUGGACUAGACUCCUAGAGUGGAAGGGAAUUUGGGGAGGGAGUAAGGGGGCCUCUAAAGCAAAAGCGUAUCCAACCUUCCGGGUUCCUCAUUGGGGGGGGGGGAUGAAAGUGGCCUUUGACCCUCCCAAGCGCUGCAUCGGUGGCCCCUUUUGGGAUCUGGACUCGGUGGCACCUCUAAUGUGGACAGGCUUAGCCUUGAGACACAAAUCGGCAUAAGACGAAGGAGGUCCUUCAGUCCUGUUGGGGGCUUCUUUGGUGUGCAGAUAAAAGAUGGAAGAGGAAGACGCAUCUGGCCAUGAAGCAGGAAGAUGCUCCCAUACCACCAAGACUGGCAGCAGUGAGGAAUUCUGGGAAAGAACCAUGCAGAAGGCCCUAGGUGAGGAGGAUACCUUCAGCUCAGAUGUGCACCCACUGCAUUUCAGGCAGUUCUGCUACCUGGAGGCCGAGGGGCCCCGAGAAGUUUGUAACCGACUCCACAAUCUCUGCCGUCUGUGGCUGAAGCCUGAGCAACACGCAAAGAACAAGAUCCUGGACCUGGUGAUCCUGGAGCAAUUCUUGGCUGUCCUUCCACCGGAGAUGGAGAGCUGGGUGAAGGAAUGUGAAGCCGAGACCAGUUGCCAGGCGGUGGCCCUGGCUGAAGGUUUGCUCCUGAGCCAGGCAGUGGAGAAGAAGCAGGCAGACCAGCAGGGAAAGGAUCGCUUUGCAGAAAUGGGCACCGAUUUCCUUGAGGCCGAGAAGAUUCUAUCAGACAUCGUUCACAGACCAACGGGGGAUGAAAUGACACCAGGAAGAACUCCUCAGCUGUCUCUCUAUUCCGAUGGAGGGGAAGCAGGUGCUGUGGAAGCAGAUCAGGAUGUGGCUGUGUCUUUCACGGAGGAGGAGUGGGGCCUGCUGGAUCCUGACCAGAAAGCUCUGCAUACAGAAGUCAUGGAGGAAAAUUGUGGAAUCGUGGCCUUUCUCGAAGGUGACAAAUUGGAAACCAAGAAUAAGAGAGACCGUGACAAAAUUCACACUGUUGAGGAGUGUGGAGAGAACUUAACUCAGAAUUCCCAACACAGAAUUCAUACCGGGAUGAAAGCAUAUAAAUGCUUGGAAUGUGGAAAGAGCUUCAGUCGGAGGACCUAUCUCACUUACCAUCAGAGAAUUCAUACAGGGGAGCAACCAUAUCAGUGCUUGGAAUGUGGGAAGAGGUUCACCUCCAAACCAAGUCUCACAUCCCAUCAAAGAAUUCACACAGGGGAGAAACCAUAUCAGUGCUUGGAAUGUGGGAAGAGUUUUAAUGCAAGUGCAGACUUUUGUCGUCAUCAAAGAAUUCAUACAGGGGAGAAACCGUAUCAGUGCUUGGAAUGUGGAAAGAGCUUCAAUCGGAGGUCCAAUCUCACAUCCCAUCAAAGAAUUCACAGCAGUGAGAAACCAUAUCAAUGCUUGGAAUGUGGAAAGAGGUUCACCUCCAAACCAAGUCUCACAUCCCAUCAAAGUAUCCACACAGGGGAGAAACCAUAUCAGUGCUUGGAAUGUGGAAAGACCUUCAUCUGGAAGGAAAGUCUCACCUCCCAUCAAAGCAUUCAUACAGGGGAGAAACCAUAUCAAUGUUUGGAAUGUGGAAAGAGCUUCAGUUGGAGAGAUAAUCUCACUCGCCAUCAAAGAAUUCAUAGAGGGGAGAAACCAUAUAAGUGCUUGGAAUGUGGAAAGAGCUUUCGUGCAAGCACAAACCUUUGUCGUCAUCAAAGGAUUCAUACAGGGGAGAAACCAUAUCAAUGCUUGGAAUGUGUAAAGAGCUUUAGUCGGAGCACCUAUCUCACUCACCAUCAAAGAAUUCAUACAGGUGAGAAACCAUAACAAGUGCUUGG